GUGACAUCACGUCGCGGACGUAUUUGCGAAAUUUCACGUUUCAAAAACUCAUUAAUGGCAUGCAACUCGUACGAUCCCUCGGGAAUCGUAAUCUCCGCGUUGUCUUUGCCAAAGUAAAACUUAUUGUUUGAAGCAUUCACUUUCGGUAUCGUGUUAUAUGUUUCAAAGAUCGCUAGACCGAGCUCGUAAUCGUCAUCGCUCAAAUCUAUAGCCGGAGAGUAGCUUGCCGCGAGAAUGCUGCUCUUACCGCUCAGCGUAAGUGUCAGCGACAUGUUUGAACGAAUACUGAGAUUAAACAGCGCAACGUCGGUCUUUAAAUCGAGUGUAAAAAUAGCAGACAAAGUUGUCCGCAAUUUCUUUGAUCGUAAGUUUGAUACGACGUUCGAUUGUACUCUAUCUUUGUCACAUCGUCCCCAAAAUAUCGUAUGAGUUCUCUGGGUGGCCGCAGAUUGCCGAAACUGUCGAAAUACGCUACGUGAUUUUUCCUCUUUGCGUACGCUACCCAGUGAGUACCGAGACCCUCCAUCGUCCAAAUUUACGAUACAGCUUUCAUUUUGACGCGCACCGCUCGUCGGUAGCGCGUUACGCAUAAACACUCCUCUAAAAUACGGGAUACACAAUCGUCUUGUCAAUUGAUGUAGUUGCAUGUUCGUCGUCACACCCGCGGGUAUUCUUAACGCCUCUUUGACAUAUUUUUUCGUUUCGCUUUUACACCUUUUCCGUACUUGAACGGGGCGAGAUACAACCCUCGUCCGCCUCUGUACGGGGCGAGAUACAUCGGGGCAAGAUACUCCGCGCCCUUCCAUCGCGCGAUUGUGACGUUGCAGCUCCUCGAGCUGACGUCGCGCAGCUUUGCUGUCGUUUACCACCUUUGUCACACCGGCCGCGCCGCCGAUCAAUGAUCCGAGCGCGCCCAACAUCGAUAAAAUUGGUAACAUAUUGCCUUGUCUCACUGUUGGAAAUAUACGUUUUUUUUUUCGUUACCUUUUUUUUCUUCUUCAUAUCCAUACCUAUCUUUGCCUUGGCUCUCAUGACUGCCCAGACGACAGCAGCGGCUGCUCUUUCUCCGAGAGCCGAGUCUUUCGCGAUUACGCGUUUUCAUGCUUUCGCGGCGAGAAUCUCGUCCGCCGCGUGUGUCAGCGUUGCUCCGAGAAUACACAAUGUCGUGUUCGCGGCACGCUGCAUCCAGCGGAUUUUUAUCUCUAUCGCCUUUAGCUAAUCGUUUUUCCAAGUGGGUUCCCAGUCCGUAAAAUUGAUAACCGGGGAUAUGUAGCUCGAAGGGAAGCGCGUUUAUCACGCGAUUCAAAAUGACCGCAGCCCCUUUUUACUUUUGCGACAACUGGCAUUCGCUACAAUUCUUGAUCAACGGCGCGGGUCCGUCGAUGUGCGUUUGCUGCUACGGCUGAUUAUAAUGUUCGUUGCAGCGACGGUAUUGCUGAAUUUCGAAAUCAACUUUUAUAUGGUCCGGAAGCUUGUCCCACGUGUUCGAUAUAGUUGCCGCACUCGUGUAACAGAACGAUCUUUGGUACGAAUUGUAACUGCUCAACACUCAAAUUUAUAAUGUCAGAUGGAUGUGACAGUAUAAGAUACAUGUUUGUUACUAAGCGAUGCGCAAUUUUACAUGCCUAUAAAUAGUUUCGCGGGGUUUUUGUUGCCUAGUAAUUUUUUAUUACUUACUUUAAAAAACAGUGCGAGUACUAUUAUGAAAAAUAGUUUUCAAGCCACGAGUGAAACGUCAAAGGGCAAUAGUUUACUUGAGCAUCGAUGAUAAGCUCAAGUGGCAUCUCUACAGCUUGGGGAUAAGUACCAAAAUCAUAAACAAUGCCUUCGAAGCCGGACUGCACCGUCAGUUUGAGUUUCAACUGUGAAGCAUUCACUCGUAGACACUGGUUAAAAAAUUAAAAAUGUGGACGUCAAAUAAAACGGCACGGAUUGUAAGUAUUUUUAUAUCAUUUUGAUUUUUAUAUUAUAUAUAUAAUUUUGUACUAAUUUAUAUUAAUAUAUUUUUUUACAGUGUUUAUCUAAACCAGAGACAAGAUUAAUGCUGCCCAACAUGCCAGCGUUGGGCUUUAUUCAUAUAAGAAGCCGGCAGGCGCUGCGCACAGCGCAGCACUACCCCGAUACAUUUCCACGCCUCAACAGAAAUGCCUACGUGCCCUUAUCAGCAAACAUCUGUUACCGUUGCGGAAUCAUAAUCACACGCACGAUCGUCCACGUCCGCGGUUACGUGGACCUGGCAUAUCAUAAAUUUAAAAUACAGAGCAAGCGAGGCAUGAAUCAACUUUAUAAUAAUUGGUUAUGGCGCGAAAAUGGAAAAAAUGAGAACGAAGAGGACGAUUUGUUCGAUCUGUUCGAUCUGCGACAUCUCUUUGGAGAAGAGAGGGUUGAAGAAAUAGAGAUGGAACGCGACUGGGAAUACGAUAUGUUCGCGAAAAGUUUAGUAAAAUGGAUUGAUAUGAUUUACGAUAAAGAUUAAGAAUUAUAUUUUUAUAGAUUAGCUUUAUAUUUUAUAUUUUAUAUUUUAUAUUUUUUUACAUUUUUUUACUUUUUUUAUUUUGGAUAUAUAUCAUUGUAUAAUUUUAUUAAUAUUUUAAAAUAUAUAAAAUAGAUAUAUAUAUCACAUAUAUUUUUAUUUAUUCAUCCCUCAAUCAUUUUAUUCAUCCUGCAUGCUAUUCUCUUUGGUCUCACUCGCGCGACCGUCGAUAUAUUCCUUUUCUCACUGCGUUUACACACACACACGCACGCACGCACGCACACACACACCUUCUCUAGCAUACAACCGUCGAUACGCUUCUUUCUCUACACGCUGUGUUCACACAUAGGCGCACAUACUCACGCUUUCUCUAGCAUGCACACGCGUGUAAGCACCUUCUCGCAUAACCGUCUUCUCUAUUACGUAUACACAUGCGCAAGCGCCUUCUCUAGCACGCACGCACGCAGGCACGCAUACGUUUCUUUCUCCGUACGCUGCGUUUCCACACACACAUCUUUCUCUAGCAAGCACCUUUUCUAGCAUGCACAGGGGGCACGCAUACGUUUCUUUCUCCGUGCGCUGCGUUCACAAACACACACCUUCUCUAUCACGCACGUGCACAUGUACAAAGGCGCAUUCCCAUAGAGCGCACACUGCACUCACACACCUAUAAAUAGGACGUUCGAUUCCGCUACGUAGUCAGAUUCAGAAAACAUGAGAUUCGUGCGGCAAACUUUGACGAUUUGCGUUACGAAUUACGACGAUAAAUUACAAUCGAUGGGAGACGGCGGGGUGAGGCGUAAGCAUGGUGCGAUGCUGCCGAAUAUUAUACGCGCCAUCAUUUGCGGUCCGUCAAAUUGCGGUAAAACCAACGUUCUGAUAAAUUUGUUGGAAUGUCAGCACGGUGUACAUUUCGAGAACGUGUACGUGUACUCGAAAUCGCUACAACAGCCGAAAUAUCGGUAUCUGGAGAAUUUGUUGUCGUCGAUGGACGAGAUCGGUUACUUUACGUUUUCCAAUAACAGUGACGUCAUUCCACCGAGCAAGGCGCGUCCAAACUCGAUUUUCGUCUUCGAUGACGUUGCGUGCGAUAAGCACGUGGAUGUCGUGAGAGAAUAUUUUUCAAUGGGUAGACACUCGAACGUCGACUGCUUUUAUCUCUGUCAGUCGUACGCGAGAAUACCUAAACAUCUUAUACGCGACAACGCCAACCUGCUGAUCCUGUUUAAGCAAGACAGUAUCAACUUGAAACAUGUGUACAACGAUCACGUAAACACCGACAUGUCGUAUGAUGAUUUUAGUGAAUUAUGUCGCGAUUGUUGGCAGCGUGAUUAUGGAUUUUUGAUGAUAGACAAGGACAGUGCAUUUGCUAACGGGCGAUACAGAAGAGGAUUUAACGAGUUUGCAAUACCGCGGAACGGUUAGUCGUUAUUGAUACCUUGUCGGGGUGAAACGUGCGAUCAACACUCUCUGUUAACAUGGCUGAGAACAAAGAUAUGCGUGAGCGCGAGAAAAUCGCGAAGGAGAUUGAAAAAACGAGCGAAUCAAUUCGAAAGAAACAUCGUGCUCUAAAAACCAGCAGGAUCGAAGAGGAUAUCGCGACUAAGGGACACUUUGAACCGUUGAUCGAACCGCUGCAAAAGAUUAUUGACAAUUCCGGCGUACGCGCGAUAAAAGAGGAGCCGAUUGAUAACGUUUCGUUCACCCGUAAACGUGAGAAAGAAGAGGGGGAAGAAUAUGCCAGUAAGAGAAAACGGUCGAACGUCUCGUUCGAUAUCUCCGCGACACCGCAAAAAUCUAAUCAUUUACAAAUUUCAAACGACGUACCAAUGAUAACCUCCACACCGCGUCCCACAACCGUACAACCGAUAGAAUCGCUUGAGAAUGUUUUCGAAACGACGGAUGACUCGCUUGCGACGAUUGUUCGAAAUCAGUUACAGACGUCGCAAGGACGAAAAGCGUUGCAAGCUCAAUUUGGUCCGCUGGGUCAAAAAUAUGUCGUGACUGUUCUGAGCGGUAACUGAGAGAGCGAUGUAGACAAUAUAUACAGUGUUCGUCUUGAGAAUAAUGGAAUGAUGCUCGGUAAUAAACAUUUCGAUGUGGACAACGAGAAUAACAUAAUUAUCGACAAUGUACGUUACGCUGGUACACCUGGUCUUUACGAAUUGAUCUUCAAGAAAAUCCCCGCCGAUGACAUCUACACAGAUGAUGAUUUACAAAAGUACAAAAGCAUAUUGUUUGCUACAAACGUGCAUAGACGCAAUUACACCAAGGACAGUCAAUUACGGAGCAACAGAGGAUACAAGUACAAACACCUGAUCGCACCGUUGAUGUCGAUCGAACCUACGCCGAAAAAGAAGAAAUCUGGAAAGGGAUUACCUCACGCUAUGACGUUAAAUGAUAACGCGAUCGAUUACGUGCACUGGGACAAUUCCAAUGAACUGGUAGAUCGUCUGCAAUUACUCGAAGCAUCGCGUCGAGCCGGUCACAACGCACACGACAACGAGAUUCUGUCCAUCAUCGAGGAACUUCGCGAAGCGGGUCUUAUUAUAAAUUAACCUGCGUAAUCGCGAAACGUGUCAGUCGAUUGAUCGAUGUCACCCAUAUCGUAUCAAAAUUAAAAACAAUGAGUAAUAACGAACGGCGAAAAGACGGUUACGAACGUUUAACGAACAAUUUUGAGCGGUUCCUGAAUCAACAGCGGACGGUUCAGGAACGGUUGUCGGAUAGCUAUCGAACGAUGCAGGAUCGCUAUCAAACGACUCGGGAACGAUUGUCGGACGGUUAUCGAACGGUUGUAAAUCAAGUCAGGAAUAGUUACGAACGAUUGUCUGAUCGAUCGGUACCGGAAGACAAAGAAUCACUGCUGAAAGACGAUAGAAAGCAGUAAUAAAAGAUAAUUCAAACGUGAAACGAAUGCGGAAGAACGGGUGCAGAACAGAAACGGAAGAGAAAAAAACAGGAAAAGAACAGAAAAAACAGGAAUGGAACA